AUGAGUCUUUACAACAAUUGCUCCGAAACUACCGCGUCCGUACCAACACAAGCUUCUACUUUACGUAUUGGAGGCUAUGUUUUAGUGGGACUAAAUCCAUGCAAGGUAGUUGAAUAUUCAUCUUCCGGAACUGGUAAACAUGGAAAGUGUAAAAUUCACUUUAUUUGCCAAGAUUUAUUCUCAACCAAGAAACGCCAUGAGUUUGCAGUCUCAUCCACCAAGAACAUUGAAGUGCCUGUAGUUGAAGUAGUCGACUAUCAAUUGAUCAAUAUUGACGAGGAAGGAUACUUGUCAUUAUUAGAUAAAAAAGGAGUUUUGUACACAUCGCUUGCCCUCCCUGGUAACAAAGACCUAUCCCAAACCAUCACCAACUAUUUCAAUCUAGACAAGACAUUGCAAUUAUCAGUAUUGAAAUCCAUGGGAAUGGAAGAGGUAAUCCAAUUUAAAGUAUUAGACGGAUAA